UUGAUCCUCCGUCUCUGAUCCUCCAUGUUUGGAAUCGAAGUGUGACUGAUUUCCGUCGGCUUGUUUGUUUCCCUCGGCAUAUCAUCGUAGUUUUAACAUUUUCCCUGCCAAAUCAGACAUACAACUUUUUCUAAAAGAGAAUUUGUGUUGGCUGGCAUUUUUUGGCGUCAUUUCUUGACUAUUUUAAUAUAUCCAGGUUUUCGAAGCUACAAUCAUGUUCUUCCUCUCCGGCAAAAUUCUCUUCCCCAGCUGCGUACCAUUUCCUGUUGCCCAUAGCAACGUAUCUGGACGACGCCAUUGAUAUCACUCCACUUUUUACUGAUUGAAAACAUCCACUCUCCCCAUCAGGCUGAUUGAAAUACUUCAAUUCACUACUUAUACAAAGGAAAAUAUAACAUGGCUUUGAUUUUCCUACCAUCUCUAGAACAUAUAGCAGCUGUUAAAGUAGCAUUAACUGUCUAUAAUGACGACAUUGUCCACUUUCUUGACGAAUUCAUUGAUACCUAUAGAUAUGAUCCCGACAAUUCAUUCAGUAUAAGCAAAAGACAGGAAGAAAGAAUUAGAGAAAGAAAAAAAGAAAUUAGAAUGAAAUUAUUCACACAACUUCCAGAAUCACUCGUGGAUCGAGUUGUGCAUAUCCUUCAACCAAUAGUUGCCGAAAUUCAUUUUUGGGUUAGAGACCAUUAUGAUAUCAUUAAACACAUUCAGAAGAGACAUAUCACGAAUAAUUUAUGUUGGAAAUUGGAAGGAACAAUUGAUAGAAUAAAAACUUCGCAGCAACUGAUUCAAAUCGAAAGCAUUGAUGGAGGAGUGCGUUUUGCUUUAGCCUCUGUGUACAUUUUUAAGGAAGAUGUGACGCAAUUAUGGCAGAGUAUGACAGAGGAAGAAAGAGAAAACAUUUACCGCAACGAAUCAGAUCUUGAUGUCAUAUUUUGGGUGAAAUGGCUCAAAGAAAAGGUUGCUUCGCCUUGGAUAAAUUUUAUUCCAGAAGACUUGGAUUUUGAUCUCUGGGAAGAAAUAAUUUCUUUAUUGAACGAUAGAAGUAGACGUAUAAGAAUAAGCUCAUUUUACAGUGAGUUGGACAGAUUCAUUAAAACAAGAUUUCUGCAUAGUUUGUGGCCCUCCGUCUCAUAUAUUGAUGAUUUACGUCUAUGCUACUAUUUAACUGCUGAGGCUGAACGUGACGAGAUCUUUCACAAUCCGGGCUUACCCUAUGAAUCUAAAACAAAACAUCUGCUCUGUUUUUACAUUGACUGGCCUUUGCAAACCAUUUUCCUAGAUGUGGUAAACCAAAUGUGGUAUCAUUUGACUCCUGAAUGUUUUGAACAUUGCUUGUGUUACAUAGUGCAUCAAAAACUUUUGAAGUCAAUGGAGGAUUUCGAUUACUUGGGACUUUUUAAGGAUUUCUGGAAUCGGAUUCCCGCUAAUUACAAAGAACAAUUUGGCGAGGAAACUUUGAUAUACGCUCAUGCAUUGCUGCGUUAUGAUAGAAAAACGAGCACUUUAUCGAUUGCGGAAACACUUGAAAAAUGUAGAAAUUUGACUGUAGAAGACAUGGACAUUUUACAUUAAUUUUUACAUUUUACAGGACAUUUUCAUUUUACACACACACACAUAUAUAUAUAUAUAUAGUGUGUGUGUAUGUAUGUAUACCAUGUAUAUAUGUAUGUAUUAAUUUUGAUAAAUUAGAAUUCGCAUUGAUGAUUACUGUUUCUCGAAAACGAAUUCUAAUGUCCUUGAAGAGAAGAAAUUUUUUACAUGUCCUUUUUUUAAUGUAAUUGACUGUUUUUGAGAUUAUAGAAUGUCAAAAAUACGAAGCGAAAUUUCGAAAGCCAAGGAAUUAGUUAGCAUUAUCAGAAACUCAAUAAACCGGAUAUUAAAUAUAUAUUCAUAUAAUUACAAGUAUAAAAUUUGAGGAAAUCUAUUGAAACUCUGAAUAAGACAAGUAAAAUUUAAACUGACACUUAUUUCAGGAAUAGCAAUUGAAAUAUUGAUAUGGCGUAGCUUGAUUUAAAAUAUAAAAACAGAAUAAUAUUCCGAAUAUUAGAAUUUAAAAAAAAAGAGGAUUUAAUAAAUUAAUAAUUUCUGAUAUGUUUUUCAAUAUGAUACAAGCAAGCAUGCUGUAAAUUAAGAAAAAAUCAAUCUAUAUUCUUUAACAUAAAUGCUAUUCCGUGUACAAUGUAUUGCUUUUUAUAGAAUGAGUUGAUUAUUUUCCCCAAUGUAUCAGGUAUUCAUUAUACUCCUCUUAUAUCACGAGAUUUCCUUAUAAUAUUUUUGUGUAUCUGCUAUUCCAUGUUAACGAUUGCAAUAAAGUAAAUAAAAUGUUUGAAAUAUGAGGGUAGUUAGUGAUUAAUAGUUCGUGGAAACAAUGUUUUGCUUAUAUGUUUAAAAAACCUAUUGGAUUUUCUUAAAUUAUUUUUUACGUUAAUUUUGGUGGACCAAGUAAUUCGGAACCUACACGUUUCUCCUGUAAAUAUUUCCCCGAAUUAUACCAGCUACAAUAUCAAUAUUUACAUUUGACUCUUUUGCAAUAAUUUUAUCAUUUGUAAAUUUUUAAUAACAAUGCAAUUUUC